AUGGCUCAAAUAGGCAGCAAGAAGGAUGAGAAGUUUUUGUCCGAGGCACCCAAAGUCCCGGUGCUUUUCCUGAAGCCCACAAGCUCCUAUCUGCCCAUGGGUAGUGGACCCAUACGGCUACCGAGAAACAUUGGGCCAGUCCACCAUGAGGUGGAGCUGGGCAUCGUGAUCGGCCAGAAAUGCAAGUCGCCUUGCUCAAUGUUCCUCAGAGGUCUAUGGCGGAUCUGGAAGUACGUACACUUAUCAAAGGCACAACUUUUCUGUUCCCUCUAG